UUACGAGAGCUCGCCUCUGUUCGCGCCGGACUGUUUUCCUCCCGUUUAAGGCAGUCGGUUUCUUGCGCCUUUCGUGGAACUGUUACGCGUUCCGCGGUCUCCCCGAUUUUCACUUAAAUUGCCGCCGAUCAUUCUAUAAUUCGCCGCGAGAAAAUCACGAUAUUCCACGGUGGUACAAUUUACGGCGAAGUUUCACAAGUUCCUGUAAUCGACGGUCUCUCGAUGUCGCGGAUCCCUGUUAUUUACAAACCGGAGUCCGUUGGUACCACGAAAGUCGAAUGACACGCUCGGCACCCGUAAAUAGCGUGUCCGCGCACAAUAUUUUCACGGUGCGGUUAUCGCGAGAAUGUUCGGCAUCGUAUAUUACGGCGCUAUAGAAACCGAUCGUCGACAGUGGACUCUCGCGAAACCAGGUGAAAUCUUGCGUCGAUUUCGGAGCAAUUAAUCAGCUUCCUGGCUGGUUCGCCGGUCGCAUUUCACUUUCUUCGAAGUAUCUGUCACGCGUGAACGCUCGGACGCCGUGCACACAACACAGCCGCGGCAGCCGGAGAGAAGAGACACACAGAUUUUGAUCGAUGAGCUUCGAAGAUUGAAGAGUGGAAUGCGCAAUUUGAACAGCAACAUCUGUACAGUAGAUGCUUUAUGUAUUGUAAGGAUGUCGACAAGAUUCUUUCUUGUUGGACAAUUUAUGGUACGGUUGGUAAACGACAUCGUUAUCGACCGAGGAAAUUAACGGUAUCUCGUUUCGCUGCGAGAUGACUGCACCGGCGUUCAGAAUCUGCACAACUUCGUUUGAAUUUUAAUUUUUAAGUGGACGCAUGCUAAUGAACUCAUUUCUAAUCGUACCAAAUGAUGACCUUCGGUUUAACAAAAAUUUAUUAAACCGAAUUUCACAUUUGGAACUCGGGUGCUUUUAAUAAAUAGAUUGUGUAUUUAAUUUUAUUAAAUUGCAUUCGUAAAACUGUAAAUAAUUUCACCGGCAUGUGGUACAAUUUAGAGUUUACUUUCAAAUAAUUUCUAAACUCGUGCGGAUUCUUCGAAGUUUAUCUCAAAUUUUUAUGCAAUAAGUGCGGUAUACGUACGUUCACAACUGUACGAAAAAUUCACAAAAUGGUGCAGAGAAGGCGAAUUUACAAAUCUCUAAGAAAGGAGAAAAUGACAAACAGUGAGUAAGAAGGAAUGGCUAUGAUCACGGUGGUGGAAAUAGGGGGUAGUAAAGAAAGAUGGUGGGUGCAAAUCACACGGCACGAACGGUGAAGUUCUAUUCGUCUCUGAUAGAGUUCGCUGGUGCGCAUCUCGAGUCGGGUCGAUAUUACAGCGCAAGGGACAAAAGAUUCCGUUACGGUCGACGCUCUUUAGUGAUCGCAAAUUCAAGGCAUAAUGUUUCAGCUGACGGCUUGUAUGUAGUCAAGAUGGCUUCGGCGGAACAGGUCGGUCUGAACAAAACUUGGGAAUUAUCGUUGUACGAACUGCAUCGUACGCCUCAAGAUGCAAUCACGGACAACACGGAGAUUGCGGUCAGUCCACGAAGCCUGCACAGUGAACUCAUGUGUCCAAUUUGCCUGGACAUGCUGAAAAAGACCAUGACCACGAAGGAGUGUUUGCACCGAUUCUGUUCCGAUUGUAUCAUUACCGCACUUCGAAGUGGUAAUAAGGAAUGUCCAACGUGCAGGAAGAAGUUAGUAUCGAAAAGAUCCUUGAGGCCAGACCCUAAUUUCGAUCUCCUGAUCUCAAAGAUAUACCCUAGUCGUGACGAGUACGAGGCACACCAGGAAAGAGUGCUGGCCAAGCUGAACAAGUCCCAUUCGCAAGCUGCCCUGGUCAAUUCGAUAACGGAAGGCAUCAAAUUGCAAAGUCAGAACCGGCCACAGAGGUCCAGGAAAAACGCCAACGAGUCUGAGAACGCCAGCAACGCGACGCCUUACAACAACUCUCAGAAUGCCAGUGCGCCUGCCACUCCGAAUGCAGCAAACUCUGCAAACCAAAGUGACUCGUCUCAGAGCGCGACCGGGCCUCUAAACAAUAGUAGCGGCGGUAACUCUCAAAAUUCCAACAGCGUCUCCCAACCUGCCAGUAGUCCUGCUGUUUCCGGAACGACGUCAAGGAAUUCGACGACACCGUCGCCGAAUCCGGCGAACCAGAUCCCGAAGCCACCUAAACGACAGAAGAGUUUGCAAAACUCGGAGAACGAUUCCUCCAGCGCAGAGGCUGAAACGGGUGGCGGCGAUUCGAUGGUGGACACCGAAGGCGAGGGACCGAGCGAACCUUUGAUGCUCAACGAGAUCGAGUUGGUUUUCAAACCCCAUCCAACGGAGAUGGCUGGGGACAACUCGCUGAUCAAAGCUCUCAAAGAAAACAGCAUUCGGUACAUCAAGACCACCGCGAAUGCGACAGUGGACCACCUGAGCAAGUACCUGGCGAUGAGGCUGACCCUCGACCUGGACACAGAGUUAUCCGAGUCGGACAGGCUACUGAACUUUUGUAUUUACAUAGCUCCUUCGCCGGGCCAGCUAGUUGUUCUAAGCGGAUCGCAGACGUUGCGACAGGUGAACGAUAAAUUCUGGCGGGUCAAUCGACCCCUGGAGAUGUACUACUCGUGGAAGAAGACCUAGGGAAGGCCUCGAAAGUACCAGUCUGACGGGAGCUAGUCGCAUCGGGCUUCGGCGAAUCACGACAAGCAUUCGUACUACGUUGUAGUACAGAUAGCGAACGAUGGAACACGUUUACUAUAUCACAAGAGGACCGAUAUAUAUGUAUAUUGUAUAUAAUAUAUUAUAUAUUAUAUAUAAUAUGUUAUAUAUUAUAUACGUUUUAAUAUUGUAUAAUAUUAUAUUAUAUAUUAUAUAUUUUACUGUACAUCAAUAGCCUUGAUUCUGUUCAAGGACGGGUAAUCAGUGUACGAGGGACGCGCGGGCUCUCGUAUGCCAACGACAGUGGUGCAAUUUUUAAUCUUCUUGGGACUGGUUGUUGCUACAGAGAUCUGUCGGUACUUGGAAUUAGGUCCUCGUUUAGGGGAUUGAAGUUUCGUCGUCGAUGUACACCUGGGGAUAUAACGGGGGAAAGAAAGAGUUUACAGAGAAAUUGAAACAUGUUGAAACUGCCAUUCACACCAGACAUUGCAUUGCAAAUCAAUUUGCAUUCGUGAAGGGAGAGAGAUGCGUCGCCGAAAAAAAACCUUGUGUUACUCGACAGCGUGUAGUAUUUAUCCGGCCACGGCCCUCUUCCCGCAGGUAUAAGUUAAUCCGGUGCGCCCAGUUAUACAUAUAUUUCCACGAACCGAUGGCCUCAAUGGUUGAACUAACUUAUUUAAGUAAGCUCCGACUCGCUGUGGACCAUUCUGUAUAGUUUCACGAAGAAAUAAACCAAUGUAUAUAACGAGACUAA